UAUACCUUCUCUGUUACGCGUAUUCGCAACCUUCCACAUAAACACUAUCUAUACUUUGUUUUACUCCUCUUUAUUUCUUUCUUUUCUUUUUCCUUCUAUCCCUCUUUCUCUCUCUGGCAUAGAUUGCGAACAGCCUGGUUACAGCUUCAAGAGGGAACUUGGCUUCUCAAGGAAUCAAAGUACACUCACACACCAACUCCAAAAGCCUUGCCUUUCUUUCGCUCAUUUAUGUUACUUUUUUCGUCUUAGCCUCCAGAGUCACUUGCAUCGAACGAAGAAAUAGUCCAUUUUGGUUUUCAUGUAUGCGUGUCUUCUAGGAUCUUCUCUCAGAGCGAGUAGUGAUAGCAGCAUUGGGUGAUUUUGGUGUUGAUCUAAACAACAUUGACUGGUAAUAGUGAUGCACACUGGUGGUAGACUCGUUGCUGGUUCCCACAACAGGAACGAGUUCGUCCUCAUCAAUGCCGAUGACAAUGCAAGAAUUAAGUCUGUCCAAGAAUUGAGUGGACAGAAAUGUCAGAUAUGUGGGGAUGAGAUAGAAAUCACAGAGGACGGGGAGCCGUUUGUUGCGUGCAAUGAGUGUGCAUUCCCCGUUUGUCGGCCUUGCUAUGAGUACGAGAGACGAGAAGGGAAUCAAGCAUGUCCACAGUGUAAAACCAGAUACAAACGCAUCAAAGGUAGUCCCAGGGUUGAAGGUGAUGAAGAUGAGGAUGAUAUUGAUGAUUUAGACAAUGAGUUUGAGUAUGGGCAUCAUGAUGCCUUUGGAACCACUUCGGAUGCAGUGUCUUCCGGACAUUAUGCUAAUUCUAAUAUUGCUGGCAACCCUGCAAAUUUUGAACAUGACUCGGCUCCUCUCAAUUCUGAGAUCCCACUUUUGACAUAUGGGGAAGAGGUGCCUUGAAUUCAAGCUCUAAUUGUUCCUCCAUAUAUGAAUAAUGGAAACAGAGUUCAUCCCAUUCCUUACACUGAUCCGUUUAAUCCAUUGCAACCAAGACCAAUGGUUCCAAAGAAAGAUAUUGCAGUGUAUGGGUAUGGAAGUGUGGCUUGGAAGGAUAAAAUGGAAGAGUGGAAGAAAAGGCAGAAUGACAAACUUCAGGUGGUGAAGCAUGAAGGGAACGACAAUGGUGGAAACUUUGGUGAUGAUUUGGAGGACCCUGAUAUGCCCAUGAUGGAUGAAGGCAGGCAGCCGCUUUCUCGGAAGUUACCUAUCCCUUCAAGCAAGAUAAACCCAUACAGAAUGAUUAUAAUACUCCGUCUUGUAGUUCUUGGGCUUUUCUUUCAUUAUAGAAUUCUCCAUCCAGUUAAUGAUGCAUAUGGGUUGUGGUUGACUUCAGUCAUUUGUGAGGUAUGGUUUGCCGUAUCAUGGAUUAUGGAUCAGUUUCCAAAAUGGUACCCAAUACAGCGAGAAACAUACCUUGAUCGUUUAUCGCUGAGGUAUGAAAAAGAAGGGAAACCAUCUGAGUUGUCGAGUGUAGAUGUUUUUGUCAGUACAGUUGAUCCCAUGAAAGAACCUCCUCUGAUAACGGCAAACACUGUUCUGUCUAUCCUUGCUGUUGAUUAUCCAGUAGAUAAAGUUGCAUGCUAUGUCUCAGAUGACGGUGCUGCCAUGCUUACUUUUGAAGCACUUUCUGAAACAUCUGAGUUUGCCAGGAGAUGGGUACCAUUUUGUAAAAAAUAUAAUAUUGAGCCCCGUGCCCCAGAAUGGUAUUUCAACCAGAAGAUUGAUUAUCUAAAAAAUAAAGUACAUCCAGCAUUUGUCCGGGAAAGAAGAGCAAUGAAGCGGGAUUAUGAAGAAUUUAAGGUGAGGAUUAACAGUUUGGUGGCAACUGCACAAAAGGUUCCUGAGGAUGGAUGGACCAUGCAGGAUGGUACUCCAUGGCCUGGAAAUAAUGUGAGGGAUCAUCCUGGCAUGAUUCAGGUCUUCCUCGGUCAAGAUGGUAUUCGUGACAUUGAAGGGAAUGAGUUACCUCGUUUAGUUUAUGUUUCUCGAGAGAAGAGACCAGGCUUUGAUCACCACAAAAAGGCAGGGGCAAUGAAUUCUCUGGUCCGGGUGUCUGCAAUUAUCUCAAAUGCGCCUUAUCUUCUGAAUGUUGAUUGUGAUCACUAUAUUAACAAUAGCAAGGCACUUAGAGAAGCUAUGUGUUUUAUGAUGGACCCUCAAGUUGGGAAGAAAGUUUGCUAUGUACAAUUUCCUCAAAGAUUUGAUGGGAUUGAUAGGCAUGAUAGAUACUCAAACCGGAAUGUUGUAUUUUUUGAUAUCAACAUGAAGGGAUUGGACGGAAUACAAGGACCUAUUUAUGUUGGAACUGGGUGUGUUUUUAGAAGGGUAGCACUUUAUGGAUAUGAUGCACCUGCCAAGAAGAAGCCCCCAAGCAAAACCUGUAAUUGUUGGCCGAAAUGGUGCUGUCUGUGCUGUGGAUCUCGUAAGAAAAAGAAUGGCAACACCAAAAAGAAGGUGAAGCACAGGGAAGCUUCAAAGCAGAUACAUGCACUUGAAAAUAUUGAGAAGAUUGAAGGAUCCAUGGCAGAGAAGUCAUCAAAUCUGAAUCAAAUGAAGUUGGAGAAGAGGUUUGGGCAGUCUCCUGUAUUUGUUGCUUCUACACUUCUGGAAAAUGGUGGGGUUCCACAGGAUGUGAGCCCUGCCUCUCUUUUAAAAGAAGCCAUCCAAGUCAUUAGCUGUGGUUAUGAAGAUAAAACUGAAUGGGGAAAAGAAGUUGGGUGGAUUUAUGGUUCUGUGACGGAGGAUAUCUUGACUGGAUUCAAAAUGCAUUGUCAUGGUUGGCGGUCUGUGUAUUGCAUUCCUAAGAGGCCUGCAUUCAAGGGGUCAGCACCAAUCAACCUUUCAGAUCGUCUGCAUCAGGUUCUACGGUGGGCCCUUGGAUCUGUUGAGAUUUUCAUGAGCAAACAUUGUCCAAUCUGGUAUGGCUACGGUGGUGGGUUGAAGUGGUUAGAACGAUUUUCAUACAUAAACAGUGUUGUAUACCCUUGGACCUCCAUCCCAUUGGUUGUCUACUGUACUCUGCCUGCUAUAUGUCUCUUGACAGGAAAAUUUAUUGUACCCGAGAUUAGCAACUAUGCAAGUCUUGUAUUCAUGGCCCUCUUCAUAUCCAUCGCAGCAACGGGUAUCCUUGAGAUGCAGUGGGGUGGUGUUGGCAUAGAUGAUUGGUGGAGGAACGAACAGUUUUGGGUGAUAGGAGGUGUUUCUUCUCAUCUGUUUGCCCUUUUCCAGGGUUUGCUGAAGGUCUUGGCUGGAGUCGAUACAAAUUUCACUGUGACCUCGAAAGCAGCCGAUGAUGGAGAAUUCUCAGAGCUCUAUAUCUUCAAGUGGACAUCGCUAUUGAUCCCUCCCACAACUCUACUAAUCAUAAACAUUGUUGGGGUUGUGGUUGGUGUCUCGGAUGCCAUCAACAAUGGUUACGACUCAUGGGGACCUCUCUUUGGUAGAUUGUUCUUUGCAUUGUGGGUGAUUAUCCAUCUCUACCCAUUCCUCAAAGGGUUACUUGGGAAACAAGAUAGAAUGCCAACCAUUGUUUUGGUUUGGUCAAUCCUUUUGGCUUCCAUAUUGACACUCAUGUGGGUUAGGAUCAACCCAUUUGUGAACAGAGAUGGUCCUGUUUUGGAAAUUUGUGGAUUGAGGUGUGAUGACUCGUGAGCCUGGAGGAGUUUUUUUCCAUCUAUACUUGGGUUGCUUGCAUCAUGGAAGAAGCAAUUUCAAUGGAUAUGACGCGCUCUGCAAUGGUUGCACAAAAGUUUUGGACUGUUUUGUAUUUUUGGGGUACAUAAAGAAGAAAGGAGGUAGGGCUGAACACAUUGCUAAAUGUAAUAGUGGUUUUUUCUUUUAUUU